AUGCGUUCUGCUUUCGCUUUAACGGGCUUGGCUAUCUUGUGCAACAUUAAUGUUGCCCUGGCAGGCCCAUGCAAGCCUCAUGGUGCGACCAGUCAUACCGAAGCAACAGUAACGACAGCUGCCCCGACCACUUCGGAGACAAGGGGACCCCUCGUUGUCAAGAACGUGAUUGGUAACGGAAACUUUGCCCUCAGAGACCCCACCAACCCAAGUUACAUCCCCAACUACACCGUCGAAGGCCAGGGUGAAAUUGUCGAGAACCAGGGUUAUACCGGCGAUGGCAGCAAAGAGAAGGGUUGUGUCGAGCUGCAAGCUGCCAACAGCCCUCCCGGACGCAAGCGAGCCAUUGGAAACAUCGUAAGCAUUUCUCAACAGCUUGACUCCCUCGACAUCAUGAAGAAGUACACUGUUCGCUUCUUUUAUGCUGUUGUUACUGCCAGCCAGAUCAAUGUCUGCACCCUAAGCGCUUCUAUCGCCGGCCAUCAAUUCUACACAUCGACAAUCCUCAGUAUUGGAACAGCUAUCGACUGGAAUACUGUUCUUGAGCAAACCGAUGUUCCAAACACACAGGGUGCCUUUUCAGUGUCGGUCAAUUGCCCGAUUGGUGGAAUUGCGGCUAUUUAUGUCGACUCCAUCUUUAUGUCUAACCAGGUCACUCCUCAGACGAUCAACGAUGUAUCGAUUGACUUUGGUGAUGGAAAUGAUGUUACUACUACGAGUGGGUUACCGGUAGGAUCUACGACAUCCAACGCGCCAAACAGUAAGGAGAGCACCAAAAGCCCAUCGACACAAACCCUGACUUCCACUGGAGCUGAUGCCGUCACUUCGGAGAUUGCACACCCGACAACUCGUCUUUCCAUGGGUUCCGAUACCGAGACUUUCCAUCCAUCAACCAAGUCUAUCGGUAACCUCGGCGCUGUUGAUCUCCAGCCUUAUGCCAACAACGAUUUCGAUCAGGCCACUAUGCAGACAAACUCGGAACAAUGUGCGACUAUCUGUUAUCAGCUGGACGGCUGUGCUGCCUCAGCUCACGAUGCCGCGCGGGGACGGUGCAUCUUUUCCAAUGUCGCCAUGACGAGCAGCGCAUUCCAGGAAGCACAGGCUUUGAAUGCCCACGAUUACAUUCUACCAUGGAGUUCCCAGGGCUGCUGGUCCUGCUCCAACGAUUGCUCAGUUCAGCAAGAUACCACCAGCGAGGCUCCUAGCCCUACUGAACAUGCCGUUGAACACACGACAAUAACCCCCUCACGUACUGAACCUCUUACAACCUUCAUCUCUUCUUACGUCCCAACAACCACCGAGUCUGCCAUGCCUCAAUGUACCCUUGCUUUAUCCGAUGGAUGCACCUUCGAUCAGAACAACUAUAAUUAUCAAGACUGCAGUAAAUAUGGAACUAUGAAGAACACUUUUACACUCGGAGACAAUGAGUAC